AUGCCUGAGAACAUUCCUCUGACGCCCAAGGGCAUCAGCCUGGCCGGCAAGACGGCAAUUGUGACCGGCGGAAAUAAGGGCCUCGGCUUCGAAGUUGCUAGACAGUUCCUGCAUUUGAAUGUUUCGCGAUUGAUUAUCACCGCACGCGACGAGGCAAAGGGUAGCGCCGCAGUGGCAGCCCUCAAAGCCGAUCCAGUUGUCAUCGCAGCCUGCGCUCGGGAUGGAAAUAACCCCAAGGUCGAAUUCUGCCUGCUGGAUCUCAAUGAUUACCAUUCCGGUGUGCUGUUUUCCCGAAAGAUCAAGGCAGAAGUCAGCGAGCUCCAUAUCCUGGUCUUGAACGCCGGUGUCAAUAUCUUCGAGUAUCAAACCAGCAAGAGCGGCCACGAGAAGGUCAUGCAAGGCAAGUCAACAAGCCACCCACUCAACUGCUACACCAACUUCCUCAUCGUAAUCAACCUGAGUUCCCUGAUCCGCGGUACAUCCAAAAAGUGCAACGCCCCCAGCCGCAUCACCUUUGUUGGCUCCUUCUCCCACGACCAGCACAGUCUCGACGAGGUUCCUAUGCCUGCCAGCCAGAGCAUCUUGGAUUACUACGACGACAAGAACGUCUAUCGCCGUUUCAGACGCUACCAGGAUAGCAAGUUUGUGGUCAAUGCUUUCGUGCAGCAGAUGUCUCGUAUGAUAAUGUCGAAUGAUGUUAUCAUCAACAAUGUUUGCCCUGGCGUGGUCGAAACCAGUCUGAACCAGACCGUUCCCCUAUGGCUCAAGCCGUUCAUGUGGGUUUACAUCAAGAUGUACAGCCGCACUUUGCACGAGGGUGCUCGGAUCAUUGUCAAAGCUGCUGUGGUUGUUGGCCAGGAGAGUCAUGGUGCCUUUGUUCAGAACGAUCAGACUGAUCUGGGUGCGCCAUUCUUUUAUGGCAAAGGUGCUCGCAGGUUUGGAUGGGAGCUCUGGAAUGAGGUGGUUGACGACAUCGAGCAGGUUUUCGCCCAUCCUCGGGUUUGA